AAAAUAAACAGGAGAGAGAGAACUUCCAACUAUUUACUAAUGGCGGUUCAGCUCUACGGACUCUCGCUUCCCGACCCGACAAUUACCGGACACUUUCUUCUUCAGAGACGGUCCAAACCUUCGCCGACGGCUCUCGCUGCGUCUGCUCCUCUUUCGUCUCCGACCACCAUUCAGAUUGUUGGUGGAAAAAAUCCAAGAUUGAAUGGAAAUGGCAGUUUCAAUUCCAGCAGCACAGUUGAAAUCUUCCAAGGAGAAAAUGAUUGGAUCGAUCUGGAUGCUGAUAUUUAUCACUGGACAAAAGCAUUGCGCCCUGUCCAGUGGUAUCCUGGUCAUAUUGCAAAAACAGAGAAAGAACUCAAAGAACAGCUGAAAUUGAUGGAUGUUGUGAUAGAGGUGCGAGAUGCAAGGAUUCCUAUGUCCACAAGUCAUCCACAGAUGGAUUCAUGGCUUGGCAAUAGAAAAAGAAUAUUAGUCCUGAAUAGAGAAGAUAUGAUAUCCACUGCAGACCGGAAUGCUUGGGCAACUUAUUAUGCAAAUCAGGGAACAAAGGUUGUUUUUUCCAAUGGCAAGCUUGGAAUGGGAUCCAUGAAGCUAAGCAGGUUGGCAAAGGCAUUAGCUGCUGGUGUGAAUGUAAAACGCAAAGCAAAAGGUCUACUUCCUCGCCCAGUUCGAGCUGGAAUAGUUGGGUAUCCAAAUGUUGGUAAAUCAUCUUUAAUUAACCGUUUGUUGAAUCGCCGGAUGUGUGCAGCGGCUCCAAGACCAGGUGUUACAAGGGAAUUGAGAUGGGUUCGAUUUGGGAAAGAUCUGGAGUUACUGGAUUCCCCUGGAAUAAUCCCAAUGCGGAUCUGCGAUCAGUCUGCAGCAAUAAAACUUGCCAUAUGCGAUGAUAUUGGAGAGAGAUCCUACAAUGUUGCUGAUGUUGCAGCCGUUCUUGUGCAGAUCCUUUCAAGGCUUCCAGCAGUAGGUACAGAAGCUCUUUAUGGUCGCUACAAGAUUGAGAUGUCUGGUCACUGUGGUAAAACAUUUGUUCAGAAGCUUGCGCUUCAAUUGUUCAAUGGUCAUGUUCAUCAAGCAGCAUUUCGAAUCUUGACGGACUUCCGGAAAGGGAAAUUCGGUUGGUUUGCCCUGGAGAUGCCUCCCAGGUAAUGCUGCACGAUAAUUUGUUUGAAGGCCAGAAUAUCUCGUCUUUGUCUUGUUAUUCUCUAUAGGAAUCUAGGAAUCCUUUAUUCCAAUUCACCAUGACAAAUCUUUUUCUCCAUUCCAUUGGGUGGUGGGAGUAGGGGGGGUGAGAGAGUUAAAUAUAGGGUCCGAUUACAAAAUGUAAUGAGAUACCGGACUUGAGAUUUAUACCUUGUAUUGCAAUUGUAAGCAUAACUUCUGAUACAGGCUGUUUUAUGUACAUCUUAAGCUAGUUAAAUGAGUCUUUUAUGUAUCUUGUGUACACAAAGCAAUUGGGGGACAACUCUCUAAACCUAAAGCCAGGAUUUUCAUCUGAAAAUAAUACUACAGGUUCUGUUUUUAUACGUUA